UUUAUUUAACAAAUGGAAUAUGGGACGCGAAUAUAUCGAUAGGUGAAGGUGUCGAUACAUGAUGCACUUCAUGCACAUCAAUGAUGUUGUGGAGAAGGGGCUGAUGGGGUUGAUUGUCAAUGAUUCUCUCAGUUGUCACGUUAUAUGUAAUUCAUGUCACCUAAUUUAUGAAAGCAGUAGAAGAAAAAGGAACAAUUCCAGUCGCACGAUUUUAGCCGAAACAAAGAUAACAAACGUUUGCAAACGUCAAGUCAGUUUUUUACUAAAAAUGCCAAGUAAUCCACUGACAAAUUUAUUAGAGCAGUAUAACUCAGAUACUGACGACGAGGAUGGCCACCAGCCUGGAAGAAUUUCUAAAACUAAAUGUCUGGACAAGAAAGUGGACGAUUUUCUCAAAGAAAUUCAGCACAUUACACCGAAUACAACCGUACCUGUGUCCAAUAAAGAUCAGGAGAUCCAAAAAAGUGGAUCUCACUGGCAGGAGUGCUUCGACGAGUCGACAGGUUAUCCUUAUUACUGGAAUACUCAAACGAAUCAAGUGACCUGGGAUAUCCCAAAGGAAUUCAUCAAGAAGGGAAAUAAUCAGGAUGCACCUCAAACGUCAGGAAGAUUUCAACCCUACGAAGCACCGAGGCACACUCCACCAUUGAACAGAUACAAAUUACUGCAAGAUAAGAUACCCGAGGGGAUGAUACCAAAGGAAGUGGUUGAGAGGAGUAAGAAUAGAUUCAGGGAGAAGAAAAAAAUCGUCGUUGAUGAUAAAGUGGAGAAGAAGAGCUUGAAUGAAAGUAGGGACAGCGAUUCUGAUGAUGGAAGGAUAGAGAUGAUCACGUCUUUUGGAAGUGAUGGCAGUGAGUCUGAGGUGGACGAUGAAAUUAUUUCCAAAACUAAUGAUUCACCUGUAAAUAUUAAUUCUGAGUUGAGUGCUGACGAUAACAGAGAAGAUGUUAAAAUUGGACCUACUCUUCCACAAUUUCAAAUCAAUAGCUCAUCAGAUAAUUCGAGGGAGAAUGGGGAUGUUAAUUCUGACGAGCAGAGGACGAAAUUCUCGUUGGUGCCUGGUUAUGCUGACGAUUCUGAUAACGAUGAUGAAUCUGUGGUGGAUAAAAAUCGUAAGACGUUAUUCCCUAUUACUGAAUUCGAGGAUAAAAUGGUGGGAGUUGUGAAAAAAUUGAAGAAUCCAAAUUGCAUUGAGGCCAGCAAUUUGAAUGGCCCUGACGGCGAUAAGAAGUCAGUGAAGAUUGAGGAAAACUCGAAGGCGAAUAAAUUUUUGGAGACUUGUGAGGCACCGACCAAAGCAUUCCAGAGGAAACGACGGAUUGGAUUUGACGUCAGGCCGAAACAUGAAGUGAAAGCUGUUCAGGUGGAGGCGAACAGUGAUACUGGGGAGAAAAGUGAAUUGAUCAGGGGAAAUAAUGAGAGAUUGGGCUUUGGGUUCUCGAAGAGUCCGUUGGGUGUCGAGAAUAGCGAAGACAAUGCGAAUACUAAUGAUUCGGACAAGAAAUCCAUGGACUCGGAGAAAAAUGAAAGUGGAAUAUCGUUCGUCAGAGGCGAGACCUUGAAUCUACCACCAGUGAUUGACGAAAAAAAUGAGACAGAGAAAAUUCAGACGAAACAAGAGAUUGAUAACAUUUUGGAGAAAUUGAAAUUCCUCUCUGAGGGUUUUCAAAGUGCAUCUGCAGUGCAGAUUAUGACUAUUCAGCUUCAGACACUUCUGACAGCAUGGGAAGGUGGUGACCUAAAGGACCGUUACCUAGACAAUUGGCUGAGUGGAACGAGCCGUGAACUCAGUCGUUUAGAAAAAGUAGCUGCCCCUUCGGGAUGGAGCUGUCAGUGGGAUAGGUCUCAUAAACGGUACUAUUAUCAAAACGAAAGCACCGGUGAGACGAGGUGGAAUUAUCCAGAUGUUAUUGGAGGAGCGGAAGAGAUGGAACUUUGCACGACACCUCCACCAACGGAUAAUGAGGUUGAUGAGAUGGAGGAGACCAAGUCUGGAGUAAUCAACGGGGUUGGUGGAUCUGGAGUAGAGGGACUCAAGGGGGAUCCUGUUUUGGGGAAAAAUGACGCGAUACCCACAGAAACCACCGAUGCAUCGAGUGAAAUGAUUCCCCCACCUCCACCACAAAUUUCAAGUCCUAGUCCACCACCACCUCCUCGGAUCAACGCAGAGGAUCUGAAGAAGGGAAAAAAAUCGAAAGCAAAUGGUGAUGAUGAAAAAAAAUCUACUGAUGAUAAGAUCUCGACCCCUGAGACUCCAGAGGUUUCCCUUCCACCGUUGGUGGGAUCAGAACCACUUCCACCUGGAGUUGAUUCACCGGAGAUAUCUUUCUCGAUAGGUGGGAGUCAUCCCUCUAUUGAACCCACUGUUAUUUUCGCUGCAGCACCUCAAUCAACGAAUCCUCCGUCCAUGUAUGCAGCAGCCACGAUGCAGGAUCCAACAAGUGUCUCCAUCCUCGGACAUCAUCAUCCAGCACUCCUCCAGAGUCAACUUGUUCAUUAUCCAGCGUAUCAUCAGCACUUGCAUAAUCAAGCGAUUCUUGCGGCUGCCAAUAGACUGACGGGUCAAGACACUGUGCAGUUUCUCCUGGAUUUUCCCAGGAUCUACACAAACACUCAAGUAAUAGCGAAACCACCGAUCACAACAAAUAAAGAAUCCCUGGGGUCGGCCCUCAAUUCAUUCUACAGUGACAUUGCGUCAUUGGAGAGACCCGUCGAGGAACACCAGGCUAUUCCAUCUCCCCAAUUGAUUGCAGUUGAGUCCCAACCUAUCGCGACAACGAUACCAGAAACGACGGAAAAGUUGUCAGCUGCCAGUGACGUUUACAAAGAAAAACGAAAGAAAAAGGUGAAAAAUGUAGUCAGCAAGAAACAAAAACAAGUGUCUUCAAUGGUAGCAAAGUGGCAAAAGGCUCAAAACUACGAGGGAUCCAAUUAACGAAAUGAUUUUGUAAUUACUUGUCCAUAAUUUCACGUUUGCAGUUCCCCAUUGUAGAAAUACAGGAAAAAAAAUAUAUAUCAAAGAAAGAAGACGAAUAUUU